AUGCAGCCCUCAAAUACCUUUGUGGGAUCAAUCGAUCAAGGCACAACGAGCACCAGAUUUCUAAUCUUCAACCGCGAAGGCGAGCCAGUAGCAUCACAUCAAGUCGAGUUCAGCCAAAUCUACCCGAACCCGGGCUGGCACGAACAUGACCCCCUCGAGAUUGUAGCCUCAGUAGAGACCUGUAUCGAAGAAGCCGUCCAGAAGUUCGAAACGCAAGGCCACACCAGGAGCAGCAUCCAAAGCAUCGGAAUAACCAAUCAGCGCGAAACAACCAUAGUUUGGGACUACGAGACCGGCGAGCCCCUGUACAAUGCUAUUGUAUGGACAGACACACGGUCUCAGGAGAUCGUCGCAGAACUGAAACAGAAACCAGGGGCAGCGCAGCUCCAGACACUCUGCGGUCUGCCGCUGUCAACCUACUCGUCAGCUACAAAGCUGCUCUGGAUGUUGGCGCAUGUCCCAAGAGUGAAGGAUGUAUUUGACCGCGGCACACUGGCGUUUGGUACCGUCGAUGCUUGGCUGGUAUACCGUUUGAACGGUGGAGUGGCUGCCAACGUCUUUGUCUCGGAUUCAACAAACGCUUCGCGGACCAUGUUUGUGAACUUGGAGACGUUGCACUAUGACGAGGCACUCCUGGACUUUUUUGAGAUCAGGGGUAAGGUUCAUUUGCCUAGGAUUGUGCCCUCGUCUGAUGCGACGGCGUACGGGGUUGUUGCCUCUGGGGCUUUGGCGCAGGUUCCGAUUAUGGGAUGUCUGGGGGAUCAGUCCGCGGCAUUGGUUGGACAGAAAGGGUUCUCACCUGGAAUGGCCAAGAACACUUAUGGCACUGGAUGCUUUCUUUUGUACAAUGUUGGCAACAAGCCAGUGUUCUCGACACAUGGAUUGCUGGCUACGGUGGCUUACCACUUUGGUGGGACGCCUGUCUAUGCACUCGAGGGGAGCAUUGCUGUCGCUGGGUCUGGGAUCAAAUUCUUGCAGAAUAACUUGGAUUUCUUUCAGGAGUCGAAGGGUGUCGAUGACCUUGCCUACUCGGUGGAAAAUAAUGGCGGAUGUGUGUUUGUCACUGCCUUCAGUGGACUUUUUGCGCCGUAUUGGAUCGAUGAUGCAAAAGGGACAAUCUUUGGGAUCACCCAGUACACCCAAAAGGGCCAUAUCGCUCGCGCUACUCUAGAAGCAACUUGCUUUCAGACUAGAGCAAUUCUAGAUGCAAUGGAGAAAGACAGUGGCCAUACACUAUCCGAACUGGCUGUAGAUGGGGAUCUGAUAUCAAUCCCUGUCUACCGCCCCAAGAUGCGCGAGACUACAGCUCUCGGUGCAGCAAUUGCAGCUGGCCUUGCCGCUGGACUUUGGCACAACUUUGCAGAGCUACGCGAUAUCAAUCGCUCUGGUGGUGCCGUCUUCGAGCCCCAGGUCCCGCGGCAAGAGAGCGCUGAAAAAUUCGGACAAUGGGAGAAGGCUGUGCAAAUGAGCAGAGGCUGGGUGGGAUCUCAGAGCGCCAAGCAGGAAGACGCUGAUAGUCUGAAAAACGAAACAUAUGCGCCGGUGAAGGAUCAUGAUCUCCCUCCGCCUAAGGUAACACAGAUCUUGCAUAAUUCCGUGAUCUCAGAUGUGGCUAAGAGCUCUACAUACACCAGAGCUGUUAAAGAAAGGAAUCAUAUUUCGGUCAAGGAGAUCGAAGUUCCAUCUCUACCUGUACAGACGGCAUUGGGGAGUGUGUUGGGUGAUUUGGAUGAUGCAGAGGAAGAGGAUUUGUUCUUGGAGCUGCGGAAAGUGGAGAUUUUGCAAAGACUCAGGAAGCUACGGAAGCGACAGUCAGAUUGUUAUUAA